GUAGUGGACCGAGGAAGCUCGGUCGGGAAGGUUGGGGGUAGAGAGGCGCAGUUUGUACCCAGAAGGCCGAGUGUGAAGACCUCGGGCCGCUGCACUGCCAACCCUCGCUGGGGUCUGCUCUCACACGUUAAGUCUCUUUCUCUCUCUCUCUCUACACGAGCACCUUCAUGACAACUGUUGCUAAGGUGUUAUGAAACUUUUGGAGCUUGGCAACAACCAAGAUGAAGGUGACGCUGAGGAAGGGAACGAGAUGCUGAUAGGAGUCACUUCACAGUUAGCAGUUGAUAUUUUCCUGCGAGGUGCCAUACAGUGCUUCCUUACUUCACGACACCAGCAUACUCAUCCUGCACCAGAAGGGUGAUGACAACAUGGACAAGGACAGUUGGAUCGACUUUGUGGCCGGAUGGAUCGGAGGGUGUGCAGGACUGCUGGUCGGCCAGCCCAUGGACACCAUCAAAGUCAGACAACAGACCAUGACUAAAAUGUCAUCCGUCAGCUUCUUGGUCCGCAUCUUUAAAUAUGAAGGAGUACGAGGCUUCUAUAAGGGAAUGGGCUUCCCCCUGUUAGCGGCGGGAACUCUCAACUCUCUGUUCUUCGGUGUGUAUGGGAACAGCCUCAGGUGGCUGUCAGAGGGCAAGGCCAGACCAUCACCAGCUGAUGUCAUGCUUGCUGGUUGUGCUGGCGGAGUUGCACAGCUGUUUGUCGCGUGCCCAGUCGAUCUAGUCAAGAUUAAGAUGCAAAUUCAAGUGGAGUCACCACGGGAGGACGGACGGGGAGGAAGUAGCAGCAACAGGUACCGAGGGCCCACCGCCUGUCUUCAACACAUGUAUAAGAAAGGUGGUGUAGCUGGCUGCUAUACUGGCUUUAACACAAUGUUCUUUAGGGAUGUGCCAUCUUUUGGCUUAUAUAUGUUACUGUAUGAAGCAUUCGUCACAGAGUUAUCUGGUCCAAAUCGCUAUACAAGUCACGAGGCUGUGAUCCUAAGCGGGGGAUUGGCAGGUGUAAUUUCCUGGGCUACAAUAUUGCCACUUGAUGUUAUCAAAUCCAGAAUUCAGGCUGACUGUACUUCUAGUCCACAGUACAAGAAUGCUUGGGACUGUGUACUGAAGAGCUAUAAGGCUGACGGCGUGCGGGUAUUCACCAGAGGCUUUUGGAUGAUGUCUGUGAGAGCUUUCCCAGCCAACGGUGCCAUCCUACUAGGCUACGUCACGUCCCUAAACAUGAUGAGGACUCUUGUUGGCACUCCGGGGCAAGACCCACAAGCUGAAGCUGUAUUUGUAUAAUUUACAUUUUUUAGAAGUGUGCUUGUUGGAGUUGGUAUUUUUAGUUUUCGUGAUUUAAUAAACAUUUCCUAAUUCAA